GGGGGCGGGAUGCGGCUGCUCGGGGCCGCGCCGGAGCCUCGCCCAGCUCCGCACCGCCCCGCACCGCCUGCGCCGCCCCGCACGGCUCCGCACCGCCCGCACCGCUCCGCACCGCCGGGGAUGAGGCGCUGGAGAAGGUGAAGAUGUCCGGCUCCAUCGCCUCGUACGAUCAGCUGGUGCGGCAGGUGGAGGCGCUGAAGAAGGAGAACAGCCACCUCCGGCGGGAGCUGGAGGACAACUCCAACCACCUGUCCAAGCUGGAAAAUGAGACCUCGGACAUGAAGGAGGUCCUGAAGCACCUCCAGGGCAAGCUGGAGCAGGAGGCGCGGGUCAUGGUGAGCUCGGGGCAGACCGAGGUGCUGGACCAGCUCAAAGCCCUGCAGAUGGACAUCAGCAGCCUCUACAACCUCAAGUUCGCCCCGGAGGCGCCGAGCAGCGGGCGCGGCCCCGAGGAGAGCCCGGCGGGCCCCGCCGCGCACCGGGACGGGCCCGGGGAGCUGGGCAGGGCCACGUUCCGCAUGCUGGAGGAGCUGGACCGAGAGAGGUGUUUCCUGCUGGGGGAGAUCGAGAAGGAGGAGAAGGAGAAGGUCUGGUACUACUCGCAGCUGCAGAGCCUGGCCACGCGCCUGGACGAGCUGCCCCACGUGGAGACGUUCUCCAUGCAGAUGGAUCUGAUCCGGCAGCAGCUGCAGUUCGAGGCGCAGCACAUCCGCUCGCUGAUGGAGGAGCGCUUCGGGACGGCCGAUGAGAUGGUGCAGAGGGCACAGAUCCGGGCGUCCCGGCUGGAGCAGAUCGACAAGGAGCUGAUGGAGGCGCAGGACAAGGCACAGCAGCCGGAGCCGCAGCUCUGCGGGAAGGUCCCGGGCGUGGAGGGGGACGGCAGCCUGGACCCCCCGACCCACCCCGAGGAGGGCGGCAACACCAAGGUGGAGGUGGUGUUCUGGCUGCUGUCCAUGCUGGCCACGCGCGACAAGGAGGACAUGUCCCGCACGCUGCUGGCCAUGUCCAGCUCGCAGGAGAGCUGCCUGGCCAUGCGCAAGUCGGGCUGCCUGCCGCUGCUCAUCCAGAUCCUGCACGACUCCGACGGAGAGCCGGGGCCCCCCGAGAGCCCCACGGGUGCCAAGGACGCCCGCAUGAGAGCCAACGCCGCCCUGCACAACAUCGUCUUCUCGCAGCCCGACGAGGGCCAGGCCAAGAAGGAGAUGAGGGUGCUGCACGUCCUGGAACAGAUCCGCUCCUACUCGGAGACCUGCUGGGACUGGCUGCAGAUGCAGAGCAGGGACGGGGGACGGGGACCCGAUGGCGCUGUGCCAGUGCCCAUCGAGCCGCAGAUCUGCCAGGCCACCUGUGCCAUCAUGAAGCUCUCCUUCGACGAGGAGUAUCGGCGGGCCAUGAACGAGCUGGGUGGGCUGCAGGCCGUGGCCGAGCUGCUGCAGGUGGAUUAUGAGAUGCACAAGAUGACCAACGACCCCCUGAACCUGGCGCUGCGACGCUACGCGGGGAUGGCCCUCACCAACCUCACCUUCGGGGAUGUGGUCAACAAGGCCACGCUGUGCUCCCGCCGGGGCUGCAUGGAGGCCAUCGUGGCUCAGCUGGGCUCCGACAGUGAGGAGCUGCACCAGGUGGUCUCCAGCAUCCUGAGGAACCUCUCCUGGCGCGCUGACAUCAACAGCAAGAAGGUGCUGCGGGAGGUGGGCAGCGUCACCGGGCUGAUGCGCUGUGCCCUGCACGCUGGCAAGGAGUCGACGCUGAAGAGCGUCCUGAGCGCGCUGUGGAACCUCUCGGCGCACAGCACGGAGAACAAGGCGGCCAUCUGCAGCGUGGAGGGGGCCCUGGGCUUCCUGGUCAGCACCCUCACCUACAAGUGCCAGAGCAACUCCCUGGCCAUCAUCGAGAGCGGCGGUGGCAUCCUCAGGAACGUCUCCAGCCUCGUUGCCACACGGGAGGAUUACAGGCAGGUGCUCCGGGACCACAACUGCCUGCAGACGCUGCUGCAGCACCUGCGCUCGCACAGCCUGACCAUCGUCAGCAACGCCUGCGGAACCCUCUGGAACCUGUCAGCCCGCAGCCCCCGCGACCAGGAGCUGCUGUGGGACCUGGGGGCCGUCAGCAUGCUCCGCAACCUCAUCCACUCCAAGCACAAGAUGAUCGCCAUGGGCAGCGCGGCCGCGCUGCGCAACCUCCUCACCAACCGGCCCCCCAAGUACAAGGACGCGGCCGUGGUGUCGCCGGGCUCCUGCAUGCCCUCGCUCUACAUGCGCAAGCAGAAGGCGCUGGAGGCCGAGCUGGACGCCAAACACCUGGCUGAGACCUUCGACACCAUGGAGAAGCAGAGCCUGAAGGGGCAGAGCGCCAAGAAGCCGAUGCGGCACAUGGAGAGCCUGGUGAAGGACUACGCCUCCGACUCCGGCUGCUUCGACGACGACGAGGUGCCCAACAUCUCCACGGGCGUGGAGACGGCCAGCGCCUCCGUGCUCUCCAUGUUCCUCAACUCCUCCUUCCUGCAGGGCCAGGCGCUGCCGCGGGCGCUGGCCCAGCGGCGCUGCCCGGAGCCGGAGAAGGACGGCAGCGGGAAGGCGGCCGAGCCCAAGAAGGCACCGCUGCCGGAGGACGACGUCUCGCUGGCCGCCGAGAAGUUGGCCAACAAGAUCUCCAGCACGGUGGCCAAGAUCGACAAGCUGGUGGAGGACAUCUCCACCAUGCACAACUCCUCGGACGACAGCUUCAGCCUCAGCUCCGAGGAUCACUGCCUGGACUGGCAGUACGGCCCCGAGGACGGGCACGAGGCGCGCGCCCAGUCCUGCUCGCCGUGCCGGCUGUCGGACGCCGGCGGCUUCGCCAAGCGGGAGAGCCUGAGCCGGGCUCACACCCUGCUGAGGCUGAAGACGGCCUACACCAGCCUGUCCACCGACAGCCUCAACAGCGGCAGCACCAGCGACGGCUACUGCACCAAGGAGCACAUGAGGCCCUGCCCCAGGGCCGCCUUCCUGGAUUACCGUGACGAGCUGCAGCGCUACCAGAAGCGGCCCAGCAGGCUCGACCUCAAGAGCAUCCUGGGCAAACCAGAGCGGGCUGAGCCUCCCGAGCCAGACAAACCCGAGCAGCAAGACCUGCCCGAACGGGCCAAGAAGGUGGUGACUUUCCCCAGCCCAAAGGUGCCAGAGAAGGAGACGGAGUGGAAGAAGGAGGUGGGCACCAAGCCCCCCACUGACCCCCACGUUCGCACCAUCAAGCUGUCUCCAUCCUACCAGCACGUCCCCAUGCUUGAGACCCUGGCCAAGAGCAGCACGGCUGCUGGCCACCAGCCCUCCCUCCUGGGCAGGAAGCAAGCCUGGCUCCCCCCGGCGCUGCUGCAGGCGGCCGAGCCCCUGAGCAAGAUCCCAGAGAAGCUGCCGGCCCAGCCACCGGCCUCGGCAGAGCAGGAGUCGGUGCAGAAGUACUCGGUGGAGGACACCCCAAUCUGCUUCUCCCGAUGCAGCUCCCUGUCCUCCCUCUCCUCGGCAGACAACGUGCUGGACGGGCAGAGCCACAGCGAGAACGACCUGGAUAGCGACUCCUCCCUGGAGAUCCUGGAGAUGGACGAAGGGGAGGAGGAUGGGAGGCAGGAGAAGGAGAAGGCGGCGGAUCCAGGUCCCACCACGCCGGUGGGGAUCUCCCAGCCCAUCACCAUCCCCUUCCCGAAGCGCGACAAGGUUUUCCUGCGGGAGGCCUCGCCCUCGCGCCAGGAGGACCUGACGCCCUCGAGCUCCUCGGAGAAUUACAUCCAGGAGACGCCGCUGGUGAUGAGCCGCUGCAGCUCCGUCAGCUCCCUGGGCAGCUUCGAGAGCCCCUCCAUCGCCAGCUCCAUCCAGAGCGACCCGUGCAGCGAGAUGAUCAGCGGCACCAUCAGCCCCAGCGAGCUGCCCGACAGCCCCGGGCAGACCAUGCCCCCCAGCCGCAGCAAGACCCCGCUCUUCGAGCUGGGCUGCCAGCCCGAGAAGGAGACCAGCCAGUUCAACAUCCAGUGGGAGAACAACGUCAAGAAGUUCAUGGAGAUCACCGACUUCAAGGAGCGCUUCCAGCUGCCGCAGGACCUGGACUCCAUGGUUUACUUCACGGUGGAGAAACCCAACGAGAACUUCUCGUGCGCCUCCAGCCUGAGCGCCCUGCCCCUCCACGAGCACUACGUGCAGAAGGACGUGGAGCUCAAGCUGAUCCCCACGUUCCCGGAGAAGAACAGCCUGAACUUCGCGGCUCACGAGAAGAGGGAGGAGCGGCGGGAGGAGCGGUACCUGGAGGGCCGGCGAAGGGCCGAGCGCCCCGAGCCCCCCGACGACGACGACAUCGAGAUCCUCAAGGAGUGCAUCAGCUCGGCCAUGCCCUCCCGCUUCCGCAAGGUCAAGACCUCGCUGCUGUCCGGGCAGGUGCUGCACCCGCAGACCAAGAAGCCGCUGCACGUCCCCGUGUACAUGCUGGUGCCGGCCCACAGCCACCCCGGCGUCCCCAAGCACCUGCGAGCCGCCUCCCGCGACCUCUUCAAGGACGACGACUCCUUCACCGACUCGGCCGACGGGACCCCCGUCAACUUCUCCAGCGCCGCCUCGCUGAGCGACGAGACGCUGCGGCACCCGGCGGGCGAGGAGGCCGAGCACCCCCUGGGCGAGCGGCGCCGCCAGCCCGGCCCCAUCCCGGCCCGCAGAGCCGCCUCCGGCAGCUCGGCCCCCGCCCGCCUCGGCUCCGCCGGGAAGGGCAAAGCGGGGCCGGGCCGCGGGGAGGGAAAGCGGGGCCAGACCCCAGCGAAGGGGACGGCCAGCCUGGAGCUGGGGGCGGGCAGGGCCAGCGGAGCCGCCGGGAGGAAGGAUGAUGCUCUGGAGGAUGGGGUGGUGUUCCAGUCGCUGUGCCACACCACGCCGACGGAGGAAGCCGUCUACUGCUUCUAUGACCCGGAUUUGGACGAGCUGCCCGAGGCGGGCAGGGAUGGUUCCAGCAGCAGAGCCCAGCCCGGCCGGGCAACACGGAGGGAGCGCUGGGGAGGCUCCGUCCCCCACAAGGACCCCGAGCCCGGCCCCCGUCAGGCCAAGACGAAGCCUCAGAACAACCUGAUCGCGGACGAGACGCCGCCGUGCUACUCCCUGAGCUCCUCCAUGAGCUCCCUGAGCGACGCCAACCUGUCCGAGGGCGAGGAGCGGGGCCAGCCCUGCGGCAAAGCCACCUGGUCGCGCUCGGCUGCGGCGGGGCAGGCGCAGGGGGGCUCGCCCAGCUCCCCCAGCCUCAACUCGGAGGAUGAUCUGCUGCAGAAAUGCAUCGGCUCGGCCAUGCCCAAGCGCCGGCGGCCCGCGGCUCGCCGCAGGCUGGUGGAGAGAAAGCAGAAGCCGCCGGGAGCCGCAGGGAGGGAGCGGAAAGGCGAGGCCAGGCAUCACCCCGAGGAGGAGGCCGGUUCUGACCGGGGCUCCGACCUGGACAGCGUGGAGUGGCAAGCCAUCCAGGAGGGAGCCAACUCCAUCGUCACCUGGCUGCACCAGGCGGCCGCCUCGCUGUCCCGGGAGCCUUCCUCCGAGUCCGACUCCAUCCUGUCCUUCAUGUCGGGGCUCUCGGUGGGCUCCACGCUGCAGCUCUCCCUGGGCAGGCAGGAGAAGCAGCGGCCCGGCAGCGCCUCGGGCCGGGACGCGGCGAGGAGGGAGCACAGCAAGGGCCGCGCGGAGCGCAAGGACGCGCCCGGUGCCCGUCCCGCCGGCCGUGCCAGCUCCAGGGCGGAGCGGAGCCCGGCGCCCGCCAAGCCGGUGCCCAACCUGCCCGUGGUGUUCCGCGGCAGGACCGUCAUCUACAUGCCCAGCCUGGCCAAGGACGCCCCCAGCCCCCGAGCCACCCCCAAGAAAAGCCCCGCGGCCAAGCCCGAGGCGCCGCCGGCCAAGAACCUCUCGCUGAGCCAGCAGCGCUCCCGGAGCCUGCACCGCCUGGGCAAAGCCCCCGAAACCGCGGAGCUGGCGCUGCCCAAGAGGAGCACGACCCCGCCCGCCCGCAUCGGCAAAGGCCCCCCCUCCUCGGGCUCCUCCCGCACCUCCACGCCCUCCCAGCACGCCCCCAAGAAGCUGCCGUCGCCCUCGCAGGUCACCAAGCAGGGCGGCCCGGCCGCGGGCAAGGCGAGCGGCUCCUCAUCCCCGCCGGGACCCCCGGCCCGAGCCCCGGCCCCCAAAUCCCCGGCUCCCAAGCAGUCCAAGACGCAGAAGUCGCCCGUGCGCAUCCCGUUCAUGCAGAAGCCCAGCAGGAAGGUGCUGCCGGGCCGGGCGGCCAUGCCGGUGCUGGAGGAGCAGGUCGAUGGCUCCAAGGCUCGGCCCGGGGCGCCGGGGGGCAGCCGGCUCAAUCUGGUGCGGAUGUCAUCGGCCCGCUCCAGCGGCAGCGACUCGGACCGCUCCGGCUUCCUGCGCCAGCUCACCUUCAUCAAGGAAUCCUCGAGCCUGCUGCUGCGCCACCGCUCCGAGCUGUCCCCGGCCCCUCCGGCCACCUCGCUGCCUCGCCGGGGCUCCCCCCAGCGCAGCCGAGCCGCGCUCCCGGCCGUGUUCCUCUGCUCCUCCCGCUGCGACGAGCUCAAGGCGGCCAAAGCGGCCACCCCGGGCCAGCGGCCGCUCAUCCCCAGAGCCCAGCCCGGCGGCAAAGCCGCGGCCGGGGCCAAACCGCCGCGCCGGACCAGCUCCGAGAGCCCGUCCCGGCUGCCGGUGAAGAGCAGCGCGCCCGCGGCCGAGCCCUUCAAGCGCUACUCGUCCUCGCCCAACAUCAGCGUGGCCCGGCGGGCGGCCAGCCCGUCCUCCGUGCGCUCCGAGGCACCGGCGGCGGCGGCGCGGCGGCAGAACGAGCCCGCAGCUCCCGGGGCGCCGCCGGGAAAGCCGCCGGUGGUGAUGAUGAAGGGCACGUGGCGGCGGAUCCGCGACGAGGACAUCCCGCACAUCCUCAAGAGCACGCUGCCCUCCUCCGCGCUGCCGCUGGCGGGCUCCGGAGACGAGGAGCCCCCCGGCACGCCCGGCACGGCCAGGAAAACGAGCGACGCCGUGGUGCAGACCGAGGAUUUCGCCACGUCCAAGACCAACUCCAGCACCUCUCCCACGCUGGAGAGCCGCGAGGGACCCCCGCACCCCCGCGCCACCGGGGACGGAGAAGCCCCCGCGCCCGCCAAGGCCGCCCUGCCCAUCUCGUUCGGGCACGAAGCGCCCGCCGGGAGCUUCCCCGGCAGCCGGCACGGCUCCCCCAGCAAGGCCGCCCGUGUCACCCCCUUCAACUACGUGCCCAGCCCCAUGGCGGUGACGGCGGUGGCCGACAAGGCGGUGGAGAAAAUCCAAGCUUGAUGAUGCCCCAGUGAGGGUCGUGUGACGCUCCCAGCCCCACGGGAACUGGGCAGGGCUGUGUUUGGGACACAUGUGGGACAGCUGGGGACCAGAGAGUCACCCCAACCUGCUGCUGGCCCCGGCUGGGGGCUUGCUGUGCUGAAGCAUCACCAUUCCCAGCAGAAAGGACUGGACUGAACUGGGUCUGGCAGCCCGAGCUGGGGUGGGUCUCAUGGACCAUCCCCUCCCACUGAUGGAUGCCCAGGGACAAACUGAGGUGGGGCUGUGUCCCCGUGUGCCCCCAUCCUGCUCAUCCAGAGCCUGAUCCCACACGCCCAGGAGCUGACACAGCACAUCCAGCACCAGGAAAACCCCACACGCUGCAGCUUGUCUGGCAUCAACUCAUGGCAGCUCGUUUAUUAGCAGGGGAAGAGGCUUUGGAGGGGGAGAUGGGGACCAGGACCCCCGUUUGGGGACCAGGACCCUGCGCUGGAGGUUCCUCACGGCUGAUCUGUGCUGGUCCGAGGUGGUGGCAGAGGGAAAUGGUGCAGGAGGAGCCGGGCAAAGCUCGUGAGGGUGGCCGGGGUCCCGAUGGGCUCAUCCCAGGGGCUGCUCACAGGGUGCUGUCACCAGGCUGGGGGGCUGCUCUGGGAGGGGACAACGUGCCGAGCUGGCACCAGGAUGCCCAACCCUCAGGAAAGGGUCUGGGGUCCCUCAGCUUCACCCAGAGCCCCCCAGCCUCCCACCCCAGGGCAGGAGGGCCUCGGCUCUCAGCCAGGAUCCCGGGGUGUCCCUGUGGAUGUGGACACGAAUCCAUCCAGGACUGGAUUACGCCCACGAGACCAAACCCUGGGGACACCCCCACUCCUGCUGCCAGCCGGGCCCAGGUGCCAACACUGGGGUGUGUGGGAAGUGCCUCAGCCCCUGGGAAUGGGCUGGGCUGCAGAGGGACCCCCAAUCCAGGUGGUCCCAGACCCUCGGAUACCUCCCGUCCUACACCAUCACUCCCUGCUUUGGGUGGACCUUUGUGCCCCCCAUCCCAGUGCCAUGGGGGGCUGUAGGGACAGACAUAGGGCUGUGGGGACAUGUGCAGGGGACACACCUGGGUGGCUCUGGGGACACAGGGAGACAUCAGGACCGUGGGGAUAUGCAGGGGAUCCCCAGGGAUGUGCACUGGGGUGAUGGGGACGGGCACACCAAUGCCCACUGGAGCCCCCCUGCCCUGGCAGUGGCCGGGACUGAAGAAAAGGAGGGAAAUCCCAGGAGCAGCACUCCCGGGUGCUGUAAUGGAGCACAAGGGUGGCAGGAGGGCCAGAUCACCCCCUGGCUACAAACCACUGCCCUCCUCCUCCUCCUCCACCGACAAUCCCGCCGGGCUCCGCUCGCCAUCACUGUAUCUAUGUACUAAGGAUGUUAUUUUACCAGACUCUGGACAGUAUUCCCAAUUAAAAGCCAACCUGUGUAAAUAGGAA